GAGAGACUCACCCUCGUCUGCAGAGAGAUGCUGCGCACUGCCUUCCUCACGGUCGCCCUCGUCUGCAGUGUCGCUUUCGUCGUCGCUCGGCUCUUGCGACGACGAGACUGGCUGGCGCGACCGGCUGCCUGAGGCUUGCCGCGAGGUGCUCGCUCGUCGCUUCUCGGGCGCAGCCGUCUCGGCGGAGCGCGAGGCGCGGCGCAGAGGCGCCGCUCGCGGAGCCUCAUUGAGCGCCAGGUUGCUCAUGCCUCGCCGCAGCGUGUGGCUGGGCCCGCUGCGGCUCUCCGCGAGCGGACAGAGGCCAUGGGCGACAUGAGGAAGCCGGCGACCGUCUGCACGAGCGCCUUGGCCCGUGGCAGUGCCGCUGCCACGGGCGAUGCGGGCGGCGAGGGCGCGCCGUGCGUCGAGUCGCUGCGCGACGAGAGCUCGUCGGAGCGGCGCUUGGCCGAGCCGGAGCCGCGGCGGCGAGCCGUGUCGCGGGUGGCGGGAGCCAUGCCAGAGCGGCGCCGCACGCCGUCGCCGCCGGCCGCGAAGUCGUUGCCGGGCAGCGGUUCGAGGGCGGCGCGGCGCGUGCGCUGGACCAUCGCCGCGUGCGGCGCAGCCGCGGCGCGAGAGAGCGAGGGUGCGGCGGAGAGGCGGCGAGCGGGGUGCUGCUGCUUGUGGAGUCGCGGCCGUGUGAUGAGGUGGAGAGGAGCGCCGGAGCGGACGCGGCAGCGCGCGCAGAUGCGCACACGCGCGGCGGCGGCGCGACGGCGUCUGCGUGUCGAGCGAGAUUCUACGCGGCCAGCGGCGUUGGUGAGCAACGAGCUCAGGGGCGACUGGGAGAGACGCGGCCAGGACGAGCGUGUGGUGGAGGCUGGGAGCGGUGCCCGAUGGCGGCAGCAGCUGCACCUGGCUGACUCGGCGUGCAGUGCAACCGUGGGAGCUGCGAGCGCUGAUGAUGAGGUGGGCCGGUGAGCAGGCACACGCAGCGGUCGGGCGAUGCUGACCGC